AAUCUCAAUAGCGUGCAAACAUAUUGAAGGAAGUUCAGAUCAUGAGACAAUUGGACCAUCCGAAUAUCAUUAAGUUGGUUGACUUCUCAGAAUCGAAACAAUACUACUAUAUUAUCCUGGAACUGGCACCCGGCGGAGAACUAUUUCAUCAAAUAGUACGCCUGACCUAUUUCAGCGAAGAAUUGUCAAGACAUGUCAUUGUGCAAGUUGCGAAUGCCCUCGAAUACCUUCACGAGGAAAAGGGUGUGGUACAUCGUGACAUCAAGCCCGAGAAUAUUUUAUUCAGUCCCAUACCGGUCGUCGCGUCCAAGCUCCCAAAGCCGAAGCAACCCGGUGAUGAGGAUAAGGUCGACGAGGGUGAAUUCGUGAAAGGGGUUGGCGCAGGAGGCAUUGGGCUAAUCAAGAUUGCUGAUUUCGGCUUGUCCAAGAUCGUCUGGGAUAACCAAACCAUGACACCAUGUGGCACCGUCGGUUAUACAGCACCCGAGAUUGUGAAAGAUGAGCGAUACUCGAAAUCCGUCGAUAUGUGGGCCCUAGGCUGCGUUUUAUACACCCUGCUGUGCGGCUUUCCUCCGUUUUAUGACGAGAGCAUCGAAAUUCUUACGGAAAAGGUUGCCAAAGGACAGUACACAUUUCUCUCGCCAUGGUGGGAUGACAUCUCCAAGUCUGCACAGGAUCUGAUCACUCAUCUACUUACCGUCGACCCUGAUGAGCGAUAUACGAUUAAAGAGUUCUUGAACCAUCCUUGGGUACAAGGAGCUGGUGUUACGCCACGUGAAGAGAAGAAGGCCAACGAAAAUGUCUUGCGCGCAUUUGAUGCCGGACGACUGCUCGAUGGUGAGCGUCGCAUGGACUUCAGAUCGCCCGGUGCGGUCAAUCUACGUGAGAUCUUCGACGUCGGUUACUCGGUACAUCGACAAGAAGAAGAGGCGAAACGAAGGAAGCAGAUGGGCACCAAGGCGGGCGCCGCACCAUCACGUCUACAAGGCCUUGAUGAAGAUUCGGAAGAGGAGAAAUCGGAUCCCGAGUACGUGCACAACAAGGCCGAUGCCCCCGCUCAACAACUCGAACAGAGCAUGCGUAAGACGCACCUGGGUAAGGACCAGGAACGUGAGCGUGGCCGCGAACGCGAACGCGAACGGGAUCGACAGGGCGAUAAGGAUAGAGGAUAUGGCCAGCACAGUGCCUCCGUAGCUCAAGCAGCUCGACAACAAGUGCGUGAUCGCAAUAAGCAGCGAGGCGCUUUUGAACUCAGCCUUGAUGGAGCCACAUUACUAGGCAGACGGGCCGGGAAAGCUCCAGCUACUGCUAGUGUUGGUGGCUUAUAGAGCGAGACAGCACACGAGCAACAGGCUGAAUCGGAGGAAUCAACAAAGCAGGAGGCAGCAAAAGAGGAACAUGGACGUGAAGGUUGAUUGCAUUGAUCGAUUGUUUGAUUGAUUGAUUCAAGGGAUAUCCAAGUCUAGUUCUACGCAUGGGCAUGAGUAACGGAAGUUCA